CUAGCUUCAUAGAUACAAAUAAUAACCCGACUUUCAAAUCUGUCACAUACAAAUCAUAUUUCAACUUUGUCAACUAUUUUAUAUUUUAUACAAAAUGUAUUCUAUCAAUAGAUAUUCUUAUUUGCACAACUAUUUUUCUGACUUAAGUCCACGUCUUCUUAAUAGAUGUGUCGACAGAGCUCUGGGAUUUGUCACAGAUGUACACGAUUUGGAACCACCAUUUAACAGAUUGUGUUCUGAACAACCUAAUAUACCAGAACAAAAUUUGGAUUUAUUACAUAGGCCCAUAGGUUUUGGAAGAUGGGCGAUGCCAAAAUUAAGACAUGACCUAAGUAAUAAAGAUGAAUAUGUGGUCAUUUGCGCAUUAGAAACUAUAAUGGAACUGGUUAUUGAUCCUGAAAAGGCAUUUGAGGCGAUAAAAUUAAAAAUCAUUGAAAGAAUGGUGAAUUUACUGAUGGCCGAGAACCCUGUUAUUCGAGAAAGAACUGCGAUGGCAUUAUGGAGUUUAGCCAAACUUACUAAAGCAAGAGAGAUGAUUGCCGCAAAUAAGGAAUUGUUACGUAAUAUUUCAGUUUGUGUAGAAGAUCAAUAUGAAGAAGUUAGAUUGCAUAUUGCGAAAUUACUGCAAACCGUUUCAGAAUUUUGGAAAGUGGCUGAUGAAUUGAUUGAAUUUGGAUUUAUAUCUAUAUUGUUGCAUAUUCUUCAAGAUAAAGAAGAAAAAUAUAUAAUAUUGAUUCAUCUAAGAACUUUGCAAUCAUUGAUGUACUCCAUACAAGGGAAAAUGUUUGCUAUUGACAAUGGCGGAUUCGAUAUAUUGUUGGAAUUUUUAAGAGAUGAAAAUACCCAUAUUAUUAGUGAAGCGCUUUCUUGCAUCGCUCAGUUGACUUCGACUUGUGUUGGAGAAAAAUUGGCUAGAGAGAAAAACUUAAUGAAUAUUUUAAACACACUUUUACAUGAUGAGCGACCUGAGGUUCACACAAAUGCCGCGUCUGUAAUUAUGUUUAGCACAGUUAAAGCUACAGGAAAACUUAUGGCUGCAGAACACCCAACAAUGGUUCCUAGACUAAUGGCGCUAGCUCAAAAUAGACUUAAUCCUUCUACUCAAAUGUUUUCUAUAAAGGCUUUAACCAAUAUCAGUGAGAAUCCUAAAAUAAGGAAAAUAAUGAAUCAAGAAUAUUCUCAUGAACUUGCGCUUAUCCAAGUUGGUGAUGAUCCAGAUAUCAAGACGUGGAAAGACCAGUUAAUGGGUGUUAUUGGAUGGGUACCAUAAACCCUUUGUUAAGGAUUAUUUCAAGAAGUUAACGCAAAAAUUUGAAAGGCAUCAGCAUGGAUCAGAAUCAUAUUUAGCG